AUGAAGUCUACUUUCGUUGCCGCCGCGGCGCUUCUCGCCGGUGCUGCUUCCGCCACCAAGGAGGAGGGUACUUUCGCUGUCUUGCGCUUCACCAACAAGCAGCUCACCAGAGGUCGCGUGGAUCCCAUUCUCUUCCCUGGCGAGACUUCCACUCACGUUCACAACAUCAUGGGUGGAAGCGGUUUCAGCAAGAGCGCCACUGGAAAGGAUCUCAUGGAGUCAAAGUGCAGUAACGCCAUGAUCAAGGGUGACAACAGCGCCUACUGGUUUCCCACUCUCUACUUCCAUGACCCCAAGUCUGGAAAGUUUGAGGACGUCGAGUUCGAUUACUUCAACGCCUACUACUUCUUCGAGAAGACUCACGAUGAGAUCAAGCCUUUCCCUGCCGGUCUUCAGAUUGUUGCUGGUGACGCCAUGACCCGCACCAUGCCCAAGGCUGGUGCUAAGCCCAACCUCGACCCUUCCAAGGGUCCCGUCAACCCCGCGAGAAUGACCUGCCCUCGCGCCAACAACGAUUACACUGUCCCCUCUUGGGAUGCCAAGUCUGACGGUACCACAGCUGGUGUCGGUGACCCUGUCACCAAGAACGAGGGCGUUGGAUUCCCUGACCGAACCUGUGACGGUCGCUACUCUCCUCUCCGAGCUGAUGUUCACUUUCCAUCUUGUUACAACCCCAAGGCUGGCCUUACCGACUUCAAGAACAACAUGGCCUACCCCGAGGACAACGACGGCUACCUCGACUGCCCCAAGGGCUGGAUCCACGUUCCUCAUCUCUUCUACGAGGCCUACUGGAACACUAACAAAUUCCAGGGCCGCUGGACUGAGGGUCAGGGCGAGCAGCCUUUCGUCUUCUCCAACGGUGACGUUACUGGCUACAGCAGCCACGCUGACUUCAUGGCUGGCUGGGACGAGAAGCUCCUGAAGCACAUCAUCGACACUUGCAACGCUGGUACUCUUGGUAUGGACAACUGCCCUGGUCUCUUCUACGGUCUCAACAAGGACGACUGCACUAUCGAACCUGAGGUCGAUGAGAAGAUCACUGGUACCUUGGACAAGCUGCCCGGAAACAACCCUCUCAGUGGUUUCUCCUACGGCGACGAUGUUCCCAAGAUGCCUUCUUCCGGUGACGACAAGCCCAGCAAGCCUUCCGAGAAGCCUUCUGCUACCAAGCCAGCUGCCGAGGAGUCCACCGCUGCCGAGGCACCCAAGUACACCAAGCCCGCCGACAAGCCUGAGGAGUCCACUGCCGCCCCCAAGCCUACUCUGCCUUCCGUCCCUGAAGUUGUUUCCGAGGCUGCUGCUGGUGCCACUGACGUUCUCACCAACGCCCCCAAGCCAACUGACAUCUUCGGCAAGCCUGAGACGGCCAAGAAGUGCAAGUCCACCAGAGUCCACACUGUCUGGAACACUGUCACUGUCACUCAGACAGCCAGCGUUCCCGCCCAGACUGAGGAUGCUGCUGCUCCUGCUUACAAGAGAGAUCCUGUCCGACGACAUGCUCACCAGCAUGGCGGAUACAGCCAUCUCCGCCGCCGCAGCCACCGUCACUAA